GAAGCUAUCUUCCUCUGAACUCAGUUACAACGCCUCGCACACCUAAUUAAUCACUCUAGCAUCUAUGAGUCUUUUUAUUACGUCUCACUGGAUGUCAAACCGACUCCGAAUAUUUUCUCCGGACAUUUUAUACGAGGCUCGAUCUGAACAUACGGAGUCAACGCUUGACGGCACCUCUCAAUCGUUUCUGUACAGUAGCCCUCCCGACGAGCAUAUCGUUUGACCUUUUGCCCAAACUUCGACGUGCUGCGCUGCGGUCCCCGAAGUGCACAUUCUCUCAGUCGCUCUGAUUCCACAGUGUGCUGUAUAUCUAUGUACAAGAACUUGGAAUGAUGUCAUCAAAGGGUGCUGUUCACCGUGUGAAUCUCGCAGCAGGUUGAGGAUUGAUAACGCCCGCUGGCACGACUUUCUUCUCCCUAACCAUCGACAAGAUGAACGAUGCUAGAGCCGUAACGCAAGAACUGACGAACGCUCUAGUUCGCAGAGCGCUGAAUGGACCACGGCAUAAUUUAGACGAGGAUCUCCAUUACAUAUCUCUGGACUACGCUAUCGGUGGCCUUUCCGUCAAAACCCUCUUCGCUCUCUUGACCACGUUUAACGAUACGCUGCUUGUGAAUAAGCUCCCUCCAGAGCUGAUGUUCAAGAUCUUCUUAGCUAUGCGUGGCGAUUACGAACCUUCGCCCGGCCGUUCGAAUCACUGGAUCACAUCAACUCUCGUCUGCCGUCGAUGGCGAGAUAUUGCAUCAAAAUGCAAGGAACUCUGGACCACCUUAAUAUUUGAUGGAAUGCCACUUAGUUCGGCAUCUGUCUUUCUGAAGAACUCCGCCCCACACCCGUUGAAGGUUUACAUACGUUGGCAGAAGUUAUCCCACUGGGAGCCAGUUAUACUGUGUGACCUCAUUGAACUUCUCAAGGCGCACACAUACCGCUUGGCGGUGUUCGAUCUGGAUGCGACGUCCAACGAAUUUUGGACGCAUAUUCAGUCUCUCCAAGACCCUGCUUCUUUGUUAGAGCGUAUCAGCCUCCGAAAUAAGGAUACCGCCCAGACCCGCCUAGGGCCUCUAUUCGCCAGACAGACACCUCUUUUGAGACACGUUUUACUGCAAGGCAUGAUGUACUGGUCACAGGGACAGUUCUCAGGCCUCACAAGUCUCAUUUGUUUCGAUCAAGAUGUUGACGAUCCUGAGUUCGUAGCCUGUCUUCGGGACGCGCUCCUAUCAUGUCCUCACCUCCAUACUCUAUCCUUGUCCGGCGACGGAAAAUCUAGAAGUCGACGGAUUCCCAAUUCCAAAAAAUAUCCAAACGUGCAUCUCCGCCAUCUUCGAAAGCUAGCCUUCUCAUCACUCUCAGAUUCGGCUAUUAUUAACGUCUUACGCUGCAUGAAGAUGACGGAAACCACGAAUCUAGUUAUGGGCGGACUUAACCUGGGACAUCUACCCUUUUUCACAUUUAUUCCGGUACCAUUACCGAAUACGAUUGAUGUCUCACACUUUACGCACAUGCUAGGCCAGACAACGAUCGUUCUUCAAGAUGCCUCACAAUUUGUACCACCGCGUAUGGGGUGUGGUCAUUCAUCAGUGUCGACUGAUCUUCUGAUAGAAACAUGCCCGAAUGCACGUUCACUCCGUUUCUACACUCACGAACCUUUCGGAGAUGGACCCGAUAGCUCCUUCCUCCAAAGCCUCAUUGCCUUAUCACCUCAAUUGAAUACAAUCCACCUGCUCAACUUGGACCCUGCCUCUUUGCUCUCCCCCUUACUCUCGGCUGAUCAGAAGGAAUCAUUGUUGGAGAUCAUCGAUAAAGAGCUUCGCAAAGAAACAGAGGUUUUCCAAUGCACUCAUGAGAAGCAUCGUGCUUCCUGGCAUAUCCACACGCUACGGGUUACCAGCAUUUCCUUUGGAGGUGUCCCUGGUCGUGCACGCGUAAUUUGUGGUUGUCGACCCUCUCGCAGCUCCAACCAGAAUGACAUGUACAUUCUGACGGUCGCUGUGAGGGGGGAUGACAUCCCAUCUUUCGAUGAGGUGGAGCUUAGUAGUUGGUUGAAAUCAUGGAAGGAUAUCUUGCCCGACCGGAUGGCCGAUGAUAUAGAUGACAUGCUGUUUUACGGGGGAACGGCUUGAAUCAAUCGCUUUGGUUCAGUAAGUUCCAACUCCAUUGAGCUCACGAGUCAGCUUAAAGUUAAACUAGUCUCAGGAGCAUUUACGGCUGAACUGUUUCUGCGAGGACUAAUGCCAGGCAUCGAAAGGAUUGGAAUUCGAGUGAGAUCUAAGAAGUGAUGGACAGACAUAGUAACUCGGUUUGCUUUCUAGACUCUGUACAGAAUAUGUCGAACGUAUAGCUCUAUAUCAGUUAGAAAAUUCAAUUUGUAGGCUCCAUUUGAAUUCCCAUCUGAAUAUCCUC